CCUAGCUUCGAGUUAAUUGUCAGCAAAAACUUUCACAUCGACUGAGGCUUCGAUACCUGAGAGAGCGACUAGACCAAUCGGGCAAAGAUCAUCUGAUGCAUUUGCCGUGUCAUCGGACGAACUUCGCAUCGGCCAUAAAACUGCACGAACUUCGCAUCGCCCGGACCAGUUGCACAACAACUGCGUCCCCCUGAUAUAACUAAUUGAAUGCGCAGGACAACUACAUAACGAAGCCUACUGAAUCAGAUACCCAGUACCAUGCCUACCCCAAAGGUCCUCAUCGUUGGUUGUGGCGCCGUGGGCCUUUCUCAAGGGUUCCACUUUUCCACGGGUGCAGAGAUAACCUACCUCGUCCGCCCAGGUCGCUCUGCAGCCUUUGCGCCACCCAAACGCCUCUACGACUACAAGACAGACAAGCUUCACACCUUCGAGAACUAUCGUGUCAUCGAAAGUACUACGGACGUUGCAGGCGAGGAAUUCUACUGCGUGUUUGACACACUCGACGGGCACACCGCGCAAUCCGAAGGCGGCGUUGCAACGCUGAAGAGCGUCGGAGAUCUGAUCCGAAAUGCCCCUAAGACUUUUGUUAUCUACGAUGCCGUUGGCGCUGAUAUUGAGCAGCACUACGCCAGCACGAUGGGCAUAUCAAAAGAACGGUUGGUGCUUGCCUUCAGUAUGCUUGCACAUCAGCCUACACCAAUGAUAUCCAUCCCGCCAACUGCAAACCGAGAUUUAGUUGCGCAGGCGGAUAUGCUGUAUUCUCAUCUUGGCGCAGACGGGGGGCUGGCUGUUGUCAACAAGAAUGGAGAGCUCACGAAGAAGAUCGAAGCUGUGUACAACCAGAAUGGCCGCCUGAAGAUUCAACGACAGCCUGCCAUUGUCGGCGAUAUAGUCAUGAUUGCCAUGGUGCAGCUGGUUGUCUGGCACAUUGAGGGCUGGCCUGAGUGGUCACGCUUGCCAAGGAGUGGCGAGUCAUGGACGCUAUUGAUUCGCGCACAGAAAGAGAUCCUGUCUUUGCCACGUUUUGGAUGGACUGGAUGGAUACUAUCAUGGUUCCUUGGAUCUUGGGUGACGGCGAAGAUGAUUGAGUUCCCGGCCAAAGGGGCAUCGCCAUUGGCGUAUCAUGAAUUCAAUGCUUUUCACCACGGGGGCAAGGUGGUGCAGCAGGAUGUUCAGGCUCUAGAAGACUUGGUCGCCCAGGGAGAGAAAGCGAAGGUCAAGAUGGAUGCGACACAGGAGAUUUGUCGACAAGCGAGGAAAAAGCUAGAGAAAUGAGAAGCCUCGGGCAGAACCAUGCUGUGGGCGACAGGUAGAGUGGCUGAAUGUUAGAUUGCGUACCUUCAGUGUACUGAGGGGGCAGAUCAAAAGAUGGCAAUUCUGCAACACUUUUGCCCGGAGUACAGGCAUCAACUUUGACAGCUCAGCGUUAGCUCAUACAAGAAUACAAGCCAUAUGCAUAACAAUACGUAAAGGGGAAGGUAGCUUUGUUAUAUUUUGCUAUAGGUAACAUCUAUGUAUUA